AUGUCAUAUUUUUCUAUGCUUUUUGAGGAUGAAGAUACUGAGAAAGUGAAAAGAAGCAGAGGAAUCACCAAACAGAGAAUGGAUGGUGUUGAUGACGACCAAGAGGAGAGAAAACACCAAAAAAGUAGAAGAAAACCAAAAGUAGAGGGAGAGCAAGCUUCUAGUGCACUGGAUUUGAGCCAAAUGCAGAGAGCUAUUGAAGAAAUGUCUCAGCAAUUCAUGAGAGCACAGGAGCAACAGCAAGAACAAUACUUGAGGCAACAAGAGCAAUACUUGAAAGCCCAAGAGCAACAAGAGCAUUGGCAACAGCAAAUGAUGGAGAAGCAAGAAAGCUUCCAACUCAAGAUGUUGGAGCAACAAAGAGAGUUUCAAGAAAGAAUUUUGGAGGGGCGAAAGGAACAAUCAGCAAGCGUUCAAGAAUCAGUUAAUGGAUUGUUCCUACGCCAAGCCAAGUAUGGGGAGUACACUUAG